AUGAAUGUUAACAAAAAGAGACUGGCAGAGAUUUUCGGUGUUGAUCCGCGCACAAUUGAACGCUGGCAGAUGCAAGGGCUUCCCCAUGUAUCUGGUGGCGGAAAAGGUGUGGAGGUGACUUUCGACUCUGCACAGGUGAUCGAAUGGUAUGUACAGAGGGAGAAGGAGAUCGAAAACGAAAAACUCCGCAGUGAGCUUGAUGAUUUACGUGCCGUUGGUGAAUCAGAUUUACAGCCAGGCACAACAGAAUACGAACGAUACCGUCUCACUAAAGCACAGGCUGACGGGCAGGAACUGAAGAACGCCAGGGAGACAGAAGAGGUUAUAGAUACCGGCUUUUGUAUGUAUGCACUGUCUAAACUGGCGCAACAGAUUUCAACCAUCAUGAAUAGCUUGCCCCUUACGAUGCAAAGGCAGUUUCCCGCGAUGACUCCGGCAAUGAUCGAUGGCCUGAGGAGGGAAACAGCACGCGCCUGUAAUGCGUGCGCUAAAACUGCCGAUAACCUGCCUCGCAUUCUGGGAGACUAUCUGAUGGAAACAACCGGAAACGUGCCGGAGAAGUUACGGCAGAAACCAGAGUAA